UACAUGAAUGUAAACUGUGUGAAAUUAAAUAGGAAAUAAAUACAAGUUAACAGACAAUAAUCUUUGGAAUAAGUUUGCAGAGAUAACAAGUAUUGUAAGCAAAAUGGAUCUGAGUAGAAAUUACAGAACCUAAAGCUCAACAUUAGGAAUAAUCACAUACGAAAAAUGACCUUCACUAUCAACGCUGUCCAGAUGUUGAAAAAUCUGGCGUAUCACAUGUACGAGAUUUGUUGUCUGUAUGUUAUAAUUGGACAACGAUCAAAUUCAUGUGGGACUGUCAGAAAAAUACCACACUUGAUAAAAAGGAAAGAAACCAAAGAAAUGGCAAAAUGGAAGAGCAAAAGUACAGAAAGGAUAUAGGAUUUAAUUCGGCUAACCAUAUCAUCAAUAUGAUACUGAGAUUUGGUGAUAAUACAGGUAUGAGUCGGCAAAUACGUAGCAAGCCAAAAUAUGACCAGUCUGCUUUGGAUUUGGCAGUCACAGCAGUCCAGUCAAAAACAAUGUCACUGCGCACAGCUUCGAGAUCAUAUGCCAUACCAAUAUCACUGGCACCAGACCAGAAAGAAAAUGCAACUAUAUAAAUAUUAUGUUAUAUAC